AUUUGAUAUAUUUUUGUCGGAUGUCCACUGCUGAAGUCCGGGAAACGAUGGGAGAUGAAGUGAUACCAACGACUUCUACCAAAGCCGGGGUGGAUGUCAUGAUGAAGGUUGGAGCUCAAGAAAACAAGGAAAAUAACAACAAGCAAAGGGGACUUCAGGAGAAAGAGGAGAAACAUUCAGGGCCACGGAUGACCAAGAAAUUCCUGAAAGACCACUGUAAACAGAACAAACUUUACAUAACGCCUUGCCUGAAUGACACAUUGUAUCUGCAUUUCAAAGGUUUCUCCACCAUUGAGAACUUGGAGGAGUACACAGGACUGAAGAGUCUCUGGCUGGAAAGCAAUGGGCUUCAGCGCAUUGAAAACCUGGAUGCCCAGUCUGAUCUGCGCUGCUUGUUCCUUCAGCAGAACCUCAUAGACAAGCUGGAAAACCUUGAACCUCUGAAAAAGCUCAGCACCUUGAAUGUCUCCAACAACUACAUAACCAUCAUAGAGAACAUCUCCUGCCUUCCUCAACUGAGCACCCUGCAGAUUGCCCAUAACAAGCUGGAGACUGUGGGGGACAUAGAGCAUCUGAGUCAGUGUCUGGCAAUCAGCGUGCUGGAUAUGUCUCACAAUCUGUUUAAGGACCCCAAGAUCCUGUCUGUACUUGAGGCCAUGCCAGAACUGAGGGUGCUAAAUCUAAUGGGGAAUGAAGUGAUAAGAAAAAUACCAAACUACAGGAAGACCAUGAUUGUGCACCUCAAGCAGCUGACCUUCCUUGAUGAUCGCCCUGUGUUUCCAAAAGACAGGGCCUGUGCAGAGGCAUGGGCAGUUGGAGGGCUGGAUGGGGAGCGAGAAGAGAGGGAAAGAUGGGAAACACGAGAGAGGAUGAAAAUUCAGGAGAACCUUCAAUACAUGGCGACGAUUCGAAAGGAAGCUUUGGAGAGACGACGCCUUCGAGAGCUUCAGGAGAAAGGAGGGGAUGAGGAUUCCACCACCCCACAGAAUCCAUGUGAGGAAAGCAACACCCAGAUUUUGACUCCAUCACAAGGGGAGAAGAUCCAAGCCUUUGUGCAGGACACACUGGAUGCCCAUGAAGAGUUCUUGCAGAGUCAGUCAACAAAGGAGCCCAAUGAAUGGCCAAACAGUGGUCAUUUACAAGCAGAGCACCCAGGUCAACAGUUCAUGUUUGAGAAAGAUGACAAGGAUGAAUCACAGAUGAAGCAGUCUGUGGAGGAAGAGCAAGAAGGGCUGGAUCCAGAGUACUCAACACAAGAUGAAGGAAGUAUUGCAAGAAAGAUGUUAGAACAAGUGGAAGAUAACAAACAAAACACAUUUAUGAGAGAUGAAACAGAGAGAGAGCAGCCAAAAAUGAGUGUGAAGUUUGAGAAGAAACAGUCUUCUCUGAUCAGGGAAACUCCUCCUGAUGAAGAUGAGCUUGUACCAGCACAUGGUCCCGGACCACUGGUUACAGAGCUGGAGGAUGAAGAGCAGCUGGAAACUAUUCAUCUUCCUUUAAAUCGCUCACUGUGUAUUGAUGACCUGCCUGAUCUGGAGGAUGUAGACCUAGAAGACGCAGCGAUGUUCUCUCCUCAGCAUGUGUUCAAACCAAAAAUAGAGGUCAUAUCAGGAGGCAAUGAUGAGGACGAACCAAUUGGCAACCUGAGUGAGGGCACCCUGACACUUGGCCCAGACAAAAAUUCAUUGUUCUUAAUGAGCGGCUGCAACAAAUCAAGUGUGGUCUCCAACAAAUCUUCAUCAUUGAUGUAUCCAGAAGAUGGGGACACCCUUGAGCCACUAAUCUUUGAACCAAUGGGAACAAAAACAAUCCAAACUUCCUCCCCACCACGCUGCCUGAUUGAGGAGCUGGAGUGAUGUUUAAGAUUUGGGUUUUUUUUGUCAGAAAACAAUGAUUAACUCUAUAUCUAUGACUUCAAAUUAAAUAUGUCUUAAUGCUGACAGGCAAUAGACCAUUUUGGUUAUAUGGUACUUAAUUGUAACACUGUGAAAACAAAUAAAUUACUAAGUCUG